AGAAGCUCUCAUCAACUUGAUUGUUGACCGAAACCUCCUUACAACCUAAUGUUAAUUUGUACUUGGCAAAGAAAAAAAUUUGGCCAGUGAGGAUAAUUGAGCUCACAAGAAGUGCACUAAGCCAUACGUGUAAGGAGGAAGACCAAAGUAAUUAUUGAAAUGCAGUUGGGUUAGUAUUUUGAUGUGAAUUGAGGAGGAAUGAUGGUUAAAACAAAAGAAGGUAAGUUUUGUGAGUAGCGCGUGAAAAUGGGAUGGUAGUAAAAGAAGUAAAUAUGGUGGGGGAAUGUGGAUAGAACAUGUUAUCCAAGAAUCCACGUGGGCAGAAUCAAUCUGCAACCUCAUCGGCUUCGCCCUAUCAAAGAGCUCAAUCAGAUUUGCUCACCACAGGAAACGAUAGCUUAGUUGGCACAUCUACAUCCACAAAUGCCACCUUUUUAGUUAGUGUUUGCAAUCCAUAGUUCUUGCAUUGUAUUGCUCUUGGCCACACCACCAGCACCACCGCCACCACCAUCUGAGAAAAACAAAAAGAAGAAGAUGGCUUCUCUUGCAUCCUCCCUUGGCGUGUCGGAGAUGCUCGGAAACAAACUGAGCCUCUCCGGGGCAUCACGGGCUGCGCCAUCUGCAUCGAGCCCGGCAACCUUCAAGACGGUGGCCCUUUUCUCGAAGAAGAAGGCAGCUAAGGCCAAGGCUGUUGCUGUGGCCCCAGCAGACGAGGAGCUCGCCAAGUGGUAUGGACCUGACAGGAGAAUUUUCUUGCCUGAUGGGCUCUUGGACAGAUCUGAAAUCCCAGAGUACCUCACAGGAGAAGUUCCUGGAGACUAUGGAUACGAUCCCUUUGGCCUCAGCAAGAAGCCUGAAGACUUCGCCAAAUAUCAAGGUUAUGAGCUGAUCCACGCUCGAUGGGCCAUGCUUGGCGCUGCUGGUUUUAUCAUUCCUGAGGCAUUCAACAAAUUUGGUGCCAACUGCGGCCCCGAGGCUGUUUGGUUCAAGACGGGCGCUCUGCUUCUUGACGGCAACACAUUGAACUAUUUCGGCAAAAACAUCCCCAUUAACCUUGUUGUUGCCGUGAUUGCUGAGGUUGUUCUGCUGGGAGGUGCAGAGUACUACAGAAUUACAAACGGUUUGGAUCUGGAGGACAAGCUUCACCCCGGUGGUCCUUUCGAUCCAUUGGGUCUGGCUAAGGAUCCGGACCAAGCUGCAUUGUUGAAGGUGAAGGAGAUCAAGAAUGGGCGCCUAGCCAUGUUCGCCAUGCUUGGCUUCUUCAUCCAAGCCUAUGUCACCGGAAAAGGCCCCGUUGAGAACCUCGCUGCACACUUGAGCGAUCCUUUUGGCAACAACUUGCUCACUGUUAUUGCCGGAUCAGCUGAAAGAGCUCCAACUCUCUAAUUCGUUUAUGUACGCUCCCAGUUUUCUCAAACAUCAUCAAACCUUGUACAAUCCAUUAAUCAUCACAUCUUUCAUCCAAA